AUGAAUGGAAACCUCAUUACGAAACCAUUUACCAUGAAAAACGAAAUAUGGGAAACCGUUGCCAGCAUCAAACAGCAACGUCUCGAAGGCCGGCUCAAGUUCACCUUGCUCAUCGAGUGCCCGAAGGCCUUAAUGAAAUUCUAUUUGACAUGGAUAAGCUUGACCAUACCCGCGGGCCGGUUUAAAAUCGUUGCGCGUAUUGGUUCCCAUGCCUACAAGUUAAACUUGCCUGUCGCAUUAAAGAUUCACCCAGCGUUCCACGUUGCCCUGUUGGCCCCUCGCGAUAACCGGCGACUCCGGACAUUCAAGAUCGUGUACCCGCACCAUUGCCCCUGUGGAAGUUCAGGUCGAAGAGUAUUUCGAAGUUGA